CUUUGCGCCCUGCCCUGCGGCUCGUGUGCACGGAGGAGGCGGUCUGCAACUGCUUUGCACUCGGGCUCCAAGUGCCCGGCGGCUAUAAAGGCGAAACGGAGUCGCCUCGGGAAACAACAGCUGAUUGCUCUACUCCGGUUUCUUGCUGCGAACUGAACCGCCUCCUUGAAGCGUGAUGGAUCCUGACUGCCCCUGCGCUGCUGGUGGUUCCUGCACCUGUGCUGGUUCCUGCAAAUGCAAAAAUUGCAAAUGCACUUCCUGCAAAAAAAGCUGCUGUUCCUGUUGCCCAGCUGGCUGCAACAACUGUGCCAAGGGCUGCGUCUGCAAAGAGCCAAAGUCAAGUAAAUGCAGCUGUUGCAACUAAAAUUUCGCUGCUGUGUUCUCUGUAAAUAUUCUGCAUGCUCAAAAAGAUGGCUGUUUGACCACAAUGAGUGUUUUGUACUUGUUUUGCAUGCUGGAGGGGGGGCGGGGAAAAGAAAAAUAAAAAGCUGUGACUUAACAUGAAA